AUGCGCAACAAAAAGAAAAGCACCGUCCAACUCUCCAGGACCACCACUACAACCACCUCCAUCGAGAGCAUCAGUAUCAACCUCAGAACUCCCACCCUCGUCAACAAUCGCGUUCUUCACUUCCCUCGCACCAGCCCCAGCACAGACACUAACAACAGCAACCAGCACAGCGCCGGUCAAGGAACUAGCAACUCCAACGGAACUACUAACACCGCAACCUACGAACACGCACAUCGCAUCCCUCAGUCUGCUGCGCUUCUUCAGUUAAAGACGACGCUCGGUCAUCUCAAAUCACACCACGAGGAGACGCUGAAGCUGAUCGAAAAACGCGACGCGAUUCGUCUCCGCCUGGCGAUCUUGGAUAUCGAAAAGCGGGCAUGUUCUUGUGUUGGUGCUAAUCGGGAGAUUGAGAACAAAGUCGGUCUUCGUGCCGGCGACUUUGGUGUCGACGACCUUGAGCUUGGCCCAUCGGAAGCGCCUUUUGUCCCACGGGCAUUUUCGGCAGAACCUUCAUCAAACGAGGAAAAUGGCGGGAAACGAGGCAAGGAUGUCAUGCAUGUUGUACAGAAGAUGGUGGAUGAGCUGGAUGUAGAGUUCUCGCAGGAGAUUCUGGCGCGACAGGACCAGCUCAAGGAUACCCAAUCACUGCUCAGGAACGCGACCCGAGAACUGACGGAGACGCGAAGGAGUAUCAUCGACUACAGGUCACAGGCGCAGCAAGUCGCAGAGGCUCAACAAAAGAUCAAGAACUUGUCGCUUUCGCUCGAGGAGGAGUCUCAACGGACACGGAGCCACAAGGGAUACAACAGCAAACUGCGCCCUCCUUCGGGUGAGGAUAUCGACCUAUUGUUCAAUGUCCGGAAACGCACCAGCUCUGAUGGGAUGACAACAACUGGAGCCGUUGAGGUUGGUGGUAGUGGCGAAGAUCUAAAGACGCGUGAGAGGAUGGCUGAGGACGAUUUGAUUCUCUUGCGGUCAAGGGUGUAUGCGUACCAGAAGAACGACGAGGAGCUGGCAUUGGAGUUGGCCGAGGCCAAAUCCAAAACGACUGCGAACGAGUUGUUGUGUAAGAAGGUCAUUGCGAUCUGUUGUAAUAUCCAGCUGGACAAGGUCGAGGAGAUGCUUGUCUCGUUGACGCUGGCUGUUGAGAGCGAUGGUGCUAGUUUGGGUCUGUAG